AUGAUCUCCACGAGAGUAGCGACAUACGGGUCCAGGGGCUCCAAGCAGGCUUCUGCUCAGUUCCUCAAGACCCUCAAUGGCUUGAGUACCUCCAGUGCUGGGCUGAGGCCGACCUUUGUCGCCGUCCAUCACAUUCAGGCAUCUCAACGCCAAUUCUCCAACACUUCCAGGACAUCCAGGAUCGAUGAGUUCUUCCCACAGAAAGAGACAGACAAAGUCCGCAGGACGCCGCCAGCGUGGCCGCACCCUGUCUAUUCAUAUGAGGACAUGGAGAGCGUCGUCGUGGCUCAUCGUGAAGCCAAAACUCUUUCCGACAAGGUUGCACUCCUCGCGGUCAAGGUCCUUCGAUGGGGCUUGGACAUCGCAACGGGAUACAAGCAUGAGAAGGCUGUCGCUUUGAACGAAAAGGACCCUGAAGCCGCGAGGAAGAAGUAUGCGAUGACAGAAGAGAAGUACAUGAUACGAAAUGUGUUCUUGGAGUCGGUUGCCGGCGUGCCCGGGAUGGUCGCAGGCAUGCUAAGGCAUCUCCAUUCGAUGCGACGUAUGAAGAGGGAUAACGGAUGGAUCGAGAGUUUGCUCGAAGAAAGCUUCAACGAGCGUAUGCACCUACUCACUUUCCUCAAGAUGAGUGAGCCCGGCUGGUUUAUGAGAUUUCUAGUCCUUGGCGCUCAGGGAGUGUGGUGCAAUGCACUGUUCUUUGCAUAUCUCCUCAGCCCUCGCACCGUGCACCGUUUCGUCGGAUACCUAGAAGAAGAGGCUGUCAUCACGUACACACGUCAGAUCAAGGACUUGGAUGCCGGUCGACUUCCCAAGUGGGAGAAGCUGCAGGCACCACAAAUUGCGAUCGAUUACUGGAAGAUGCCUGAAGGCAACCGCUCGAUGCGAGACUUACUGCUGUACAUCCGCGCCGAUGAGAGCAAGCAUCGCGAAGUCAACCACACGCUGGGUAACCUCGACCAAGUCGAAGACCCCAAUCCCUACGUUAGCGAGUACAAGGACAGCGAGAAGCCCCAUCCAUGCAAAGAUCUCAAGUUCCAACGACCGACAGGAUGGGAGCGCAGCGACAUCAUCUAG